AUAGUUAUAAUAAUUUUACAAACCUAGAACCACAAAAUACUUGUUAGAGCUACUUUGGUUAGAAAAAUUUAUGAGUAUUUGAACAUAUCCUCGGUGAAUGUCAUCGUCAGCUGUCACUGUCAGUUUGAGGUUAGAUCCUUAGAUCAGUGAUCAGUACCAGCCAGGGUUUUGAGGGUUUCAUCCAAUUCCAGGUUUAAUAUACAGCACAGCACAGUUUUCUUAUUGUUAUACCAAUAUUGGUUUAAUAUAGCAUAGCACAGUUUUCUUAUUGUUAUUCCAAUAUUGACGACUUCGAGUCUAGAAAACGAAACAGAGGACAUAGACCCUUCAGUAUAAAUUAUAUUCUAAUAUCUGUUAUUUCUAAAUAUUACUUCAUGAAGUUCAAGUUUUUGAAUAAUCCGGUAGAAUUGAUUUCCAAUUAGUAGGAUUAAUUGAAGUUAUCUGCAAAUAAAAUAAUUAAGUAUUGCAAUAAAAACACAAGAAACUUUAAUUAAGAAAUGGAUCAACCCAUAUCUCUAGAAGAAAUUGAAACAAAACACAGGAAGGAAAAGAAAGAAUUGCAAGCUCAGAUACAAAGCUUGAAAAAAAUAGCUAAAAACGAUAAGACUAAGAAAAAAGAAUUAACAACAGAAAUUGCUAAAUUAGAGACCGAGCUAGAACUCCGCCACAAGGAGGAACUGGCUGCGCUUGAGAAUGCACUAGGGGAACCUGAAGACUUUGCAUCUCUCGAAGAUGAAGAUGAAGUACCCAAAUUAAAGGUUAGUAAAGCUCAAAAACGCCGGGAUAAAAAGCAACAACAGGAAAAAGAAAGGGCAGAACAAAUAAAAUUACAAGAAAAGGAAAACCUACAUGGUCCAAGGAAUAUUGAAAUUCAAUCAAUAAUUAAUAAAUUAAAGGAAAGGAAAUUGUCAAUAUUCUCAAUACCUUCUGACGGAGAUUGCCUAUAUCAAGCUGUGGCACAUCAACUACUUGCUACUAGAUCUAAAACAGUGUUAGUAGAAGAUCUGCGGAAACAGGUUGCAACUUUUAUGAGACAAAACAAAGAAGACUUUCUGCCAUUCAUGAGCAACCCAAAUACAUUUGAAAUGCUCACUGAAAGUGAAUUCAAUGAUUAUUGUGAUGAAAUUGUAAACACCAAGGUGUGGGGUGGUCAGCUGGAGAUAAGAGCAUUAUCUAAUUCAUUGAAAUGUCCCAUAAAUGUGAUCCAAGCCUCUGGGCCAGAGUCCAUAGAACAAGGAGUGGAGUUUGAAGGACCUCCACUAAUAAUCACAUAUCAUAGACAUAUGUACAAAUUAGGGGAGCAUUAUAACUCAACCCAGGCAAUAUCUGAAAUUGAUAGCUAAGAUAAUUUUUAUAGUUUCACUCUCUUACGUAUUUAGUCUAUUCUAUGUAUUAUAUUCUAUGGAUUAUUGUAUGUAUGAAUUUGUGUUAUUAAAAUGCUAUAAUUUU